AGCGCGCGGGGACACGUUGCGGGGGGUGGGGGGGGGAAGAUGCUGCUGCGCGGGCUGGGCGGCGGCGCGCGGCACGUGGCGGUGAGCGAGCGUUCGGACGCCGCGCGCGGCCCCGACUCAACCCGGCGGCGCGUGGACGCGCAUCACUACAACCACCACGUGUCUAUUUUAAUACCGGAAUGUGGAAUGGUGCCUCCAGCCAUCACUGCCAUCUGCAAAUCGUUGGAGAAUUACUAUCUGAUGAAGCAGUUACCGCUCCAUGAACUGCUUGCUCCUGAAUUCAUCAACACAUUUGUGAAGAAAGGUAAAUGCUAUGCGCUGUCGUACAACACCAGAAUAGACGAAGACAAUACAGUGGCUCUCCUUCCAACAGGGAAGCUGAUUUUAUCAGUAGACAAGGACACGUAUCAGGAGAUGGGGCUGGAAGGACAACCAUCCAAAUACUCCCACAGGACCGUGAUGAGAUACAUUGUUACGGUGCAUCUGAGUGAAGCCUCCUUUGUUCCUGGUGGAAAGAGGUACGACCGGGUCAUGUGGGCACUGCGAGAGAAGAAGCCUUUAAUCUUUGACCUUUUGAUGUCCUGCGAUUCCUCAGCAGGUGGAAGAGAGGAGUCGUUGGCAUCUUACUUCACCCAGUACCAGUGCCAGGCUUACCAGCCUAAGCUGUCAACCCGUAUAUUGAAUGGAACACCCUGUCCUGUGCUACUCAGCAGUGAACUGGAUGGGAAAGACAGUGAAUCAUGCAACUCACUCGAGUUCCUGGACUGGCUGGGUGCAGUCUUCUGCGACAUUGACUGCAAUAACCAGGCCGACAGCUUCCUGUCUACGUACUGUUGCCCUGAACCCAACACCGUGGUGGAUAAGGCAUGUCUAUGUACCAUUACCGGCUUUAUCAUUCCGGAAGGAAUAAAUCGCUUAUUGGACCAGCUGCGGCUGUACUUUGAAGAACCGAAGCUGGCCCAGUGGCUCAGUAUGACAGUGCACGGCUUUGCAGACAGCCCAGUGUCCUGGGGUCAGAGUGAACAUGGCUACCACAGAGGAGGAGAGAACCUCUACAAUGUUGUUCUGUUCAGUAAUCAGGAUCGUUGGUUGCACAUGGCAGUGGGCACACAGAGUGACUGUCCACCAUAACCCUCUGAACACCAUCUGCCUCCUGCUCCCAAGUACAACCUCUGGCGAAAGGAAGAGUUGACAUGGGCGCCACGGUGGCGCAUCAGUAGAGUUGCUGCCUGUCAGCGCCGGUGACCCGGGUUCCAUCCUGACUACGGGUGCUGUCGGUAUGGAGUUUUGCACGGUUCUCCCUGUGAAAGUGUGGGUUUUCUCCAAGAUCUUCGGUUUGCUCCCACAUUCCAAAGACGUGCAGGUUUGUAGGUUAAUUGGCCUGGCGUCAAUGUAAAAUUGUCCCAAGUAGGAUUGUCGGGUUCAGUCUUUAGACUGAAGGAGGAUCGUCAUUCGAAAUGUCACCCAUUGCCUCUCUCCAAAGAUGCUGCCUGUCCCGCUGAGUUACUCCAGCAUUUUGUGCCUAUCAUACAUCAUAGAAACAGGUACUUUGACCAAACAUGCCCAUGCUGACCAAGAUGUCCCAUCUACCCGAGUCCCAUCUACCUGCAUUUGGCCCAUAUGCCUUCUAAACCUACCUAUCCAUGUACCUGUCUAAGUGUCCUUUAAAGGUUGUUACAGUACCUGCCUCAACUACCUCCACCAGCAGCUCAUUCCAUACACCCACCACCCUUUGAGUGAAAAUGUUGCCCCUUAGGUUCCUAUUAAAUCUUUUCCCUCUCACCUCAUGCCCAUGUCCUCUGGUUCUCGAUUUGUCAACUCUGGGCAAAAGACUCUGCAUCGACCUUAUGUAUUCACCUCAUGAUCAUAUACACCUCUAUGAGAUCACUCCUGUGCUUCAAGGAAUAAAAUCAUAGCCUGCCCAACCUCUCCCUACAGCUCAGGCCCUCAAGUCCUGGCUACAUCCUCGUAAAUCUUCUCAAUCAAUCAAUCAAUCAAAGUCUUUAUUGUCAUUCAAAAAUACACCAAUAAAUGCAAGUCUGAAUGAAAGUUUGUUGCAUCUGGCUCACCGUGCAACAUAAAACAACAAAAGGAUAAAAUAGAUAAUAGUGGCGGCACAUUAUAUGGAAUUCAAGAGCUCGGGGGAAGAAGCUGUUGUAAAACCUGACCGUUCGGUUCCUUAUACUGCGCUACCUUUUGCCCGAGGGCAGCAGAGUGAACAGUCCAUGAUGGAGAUGUGUGGGGUCUUUUAUAAUACUGUUGGCCUGGGACAAGCAACAUUUGCACGCAAUGUCUCGGAUUGAAGGAAGAGAAGUCCUGAUGAUUUUUUCAGCCGUCCUCACCACUCUCUGCACGGACUUCCAGUCGGAGGAUUUACAGUCCCCAAACCAGACAGAGAUGCAGCUGGUCAAAAUGCUCUCUAUGGUGCCCCUGUAGAAAGUGGUGAGGACGGGAUGGGAGAGGUGAGCUCUUCUCAUCCGGCGCAGAAAGUGCAACCGCUGCUGCGCUCUCUUAACUAGUGAUGCGAUAUUUUGUGACCAGGUCAGACUGUCAGUGAUCUGCACCCCCAGGAACUUAGUGCUACUGACCAACUCCACAUCGCUGUCAUUAAUGUGUAGUGGUGUGUGACUGUGCCGGUUCAUCCUGAAGUCAACGAUGACUUCCUUUUUUUUGUCAACAUUCAGGAUGAGAUUGUUCGUGUUGCACCAGUCCACCAGUUGUUUCACCUCCUCCCUGUAAGCCAGUUCAUUGUCGUCCCGGAUAAGGCCCACCACUGUUGCGUCAUCUGCGUACUUCAUGAUGUGGUUUGUACUAAACCUGGAACAACAGUCGUGGGUGAUCAGGGUAAACAGUAGUAGACUCAGGACGCAGCCCUGAGGGGAACCGGUACUCAGAGAGAUGAUGUUCAGUAUUCACUUUAAUGUAAUUUUAACUGAGUACUUACAUACACAGAUGAAACGAAAAAAUUGUUUCUCAAUCAGUUCCCGUCAGUGCAGUUAAUAAAAACAGAAUAAAUACAUAUAGCUUUAAAAAUUAAAAUUACCAUUUCUAAAAGUAAGCCUAAUAAUUGAAAUAAAAACAGACAUUCAGACCGAACAGUGGCUUUGCUUUGACAGUUGCCUAGCUGUCAAAGUAUGGGCGAGGUUAGAUGUGUUGGUGUAUGAUAUAUGGGGAGGAGGCACAGUCCGUUAACCAGUCUGUUGGAGGUGUUGUUUAAAUCUUCUCUGUACUGUUUCCAGUUUAACAUCUUUCCUAUAUCAGGGAUCCAAAACAACAUAAUACUCUAAAUGUGGCGUCGCCAAAGGGUUGUAGAACUGUAACAUGACAUCCCAACUUCAAUAUCCUGAUCGAUGAAGGCCAAUGUACUGAAAGUAAAGCCUACUUGAUCAUCCUAUCUACAGUGAGGGUGGGGCUACCGAUGAAAAUGUCUUAUUCCUAAGAUAAACAUAGAAACAUAGAAAAUAGGUGCAGGAGUAGGCCAUUCGGCCCUUUGAGCCAGCACUGCCAUUCAAUAUGAUCAUGGCUGAUCAUCCUAAAUCAUACCCCGUUCCUGCUUUCAACCCAUAUCUCAUGAUUCCAUAUGAAACAUCUUCAGUCUGAAGAACAGUGGAAGGUAAGACCUUUUUUUCACCCAGGGUUGUCUUACCUUCCACUGCCUGCAACCUCCGGCAACCACCUUCAACUAGCAUCGCAACCGGCUUAUACUAAAAAAUUACAGAUUUUUAAAACAGCAACCUAUUUUUAGUCGCGGCCUGUUUUGAAUUUUUUGAGAUAAUCGCCAGAACAUAGAAGAAGCGGAAACCACUUUCGAUCAUUAGGGAAACUGACAAAAAACCUCCGGGAACCGCACGGAAACCUUGGGUGGGGUGCAAAGUCUCCAGAGGUUUCCGUUUAGGUUCCCUAAGUGGGACAGGGGCAUUACUUUCAUAGACUGAUGUACAAGGACCCCCAGAUCCUGUUGUACUUCCCCUUUUCCCAACUUGACGGCAUUUAGAUAGUAAUCUGCCUUCCUGUUUUUGCUACCAAAGUGGAUAACCUCACAUUUAUCCGCUUUAAACUUCAUCUGCCAUGCACCUGCCAACUCCCCCAACCUGUCCAAGUCACCCUGCAUUCUCAUAGCAUCCUCAGAAUUCACACUGCCACCCAGCUUCGUGUCAUCUGCAAAUUUGCUAAUGUUACUUUGAAUCCAUUCAUCCAAAUCAUUGAUGUAUAUUGUAAAUAGCUGCGGCCCCAGCACCGAGCCUUACGGUACCCCGCUAGUCACUGCCUGCCUUUCUGAAAGGGACCCGUUAAUCCCUACUCUGUUUCCAGUCUGCCAACCACUUCUCUAUCCAUGUCAGCACUCUACCCCCAAUACCAUGUGCCACUAAUCUCCUAUGUGGGAUCUUAUCAAAUGCUUUCUGAAAGUUCCGGUACACUACAUCCACUGGCUCUCCCUUGUCCAUUUUCCUAGUUACAUCUUCAAAAAAGUCUAGAAGAUUAGUCAAACAUGAUUUCCCCUUCGUAAAUCCAUGCUGACUCGGACCGAUCCUGUUACUGCUAUCCAAAUGUUCGGCUAUCUCAUCUUUUAUAAUUGACUCCAGCGUCUUCCCCACCACCGAUGUCAGGCUAACUGGUCUAUAAUUCCCAGGUUUUCUCUCUCCCGCCUUUCUUAAAAAGUGGGAUAACAUUAGCUACCCUCCAAUUCACAGGAACCGAUCCUGAAUCUAUAGAAUAUUGAAAAAUUAUCACCAAUGCACCUACGAUAUCUAGAGCCACUUAAUACCCUGGGAUGCAGACCAUCAGACUGGGGAUUUAUCAGCCUUCAGUCCCAUCAGUCUAUCCAACACCAUUUCCUGCCUAAUGUGGAUUUCCUUCAGUUCCUCUGUCACCCCAGAUCCUCUGGCCACUACUAUAUCAGGAAGAUUGUUUGUGUCCUCCUUAGUGAAGACAGAUCCAAAGUACCUGUUCAACUCAUCUGCCAAAAUAAAACCCUUGUCCCAAAUCACACCUGAAACUUGGUCACGUUUAGUGAUAGCUACACAAAUACUUGGUCAAAGAUCAGACUUGUUUUUUUUAAGUAAACAUGAAUUUCACCUGAAACAUAUAAAAUAGGUGCAGGAGUAGGCCAUUCGGCCCUUUGCGUCUGCACUGCCAUUCAAUAUGAUCAUGGCUGAUCAUCCAACUCAGUAUCCUGUACCUGCCUUCUCUCCAUACCUCCUGAUCCGUUUUGCCACAAGGGCCACAUCUAACUCUAUCUUAAAUAUAGCCAAUGAACUGGCCUCAUCUACCUUCUGUGCCAGAGAAUUCCAGAGAUUCACCACUCUCUGUGUGAAAAAAUGUUUUUCUCAUCUCGGUCCUAAAAGAUUUCCCCCGUAUCCUUAAACUGUGACCCCUUGUUCUGAAACACAGCAGGUUGACAGGCAAUAGUGCUGGACAUUCACCCUAUGACUGAAUAAAAAUAAACAAGGCUUAAAUUGCCACCAAAUUUAUGAAUUACAUAUUUCUCUGUAUUUCUAUUUACUUGAUAGGCCGAAUGCUCUAUCUGCUCCUAACACACAA